AAUGAACAAUAGGAUCGAUAAUUAUCAUAUGAUGUCCAUGAAUAAAUCAGAACCUAUAAUUAAUAAGAAACGUUAUGGAAGCCCUUAACCUAACAAAAAUUAACCUUCUCGUUCCCCUUAACACAAAAAAUUACCACCUUAACCUUAACCCCAACCUGUUACACUUCAAUAAUAACAAUAACAACAACAAUUCAUUUAACAACAACCUUAAUAAUAGUUAUUAUAACCUACUAGCAGCAAUCUAAGUAAAAGUAGUGCUUCAAGCAUAAAGCAAUAAAAAAUAUUGGAAGAUUAUAAAUAAGUUAUGUAAAAUAGUGUUCUAGAUGAAAGCGAAGAAUUUUAAAGUAGUCCAGAUCACAGAAUAGAUCCUCCACAACCUAUUAUGGAAUUUAAAAAUAAUAGUAUUACUCCAAGAUAAAGUUCUAAAUAAUUUGAUGAAGCUUAAUUAGCAUAAUAUAGAUAAAUGGUAAAAGAAUUAUCAUUACUACUUGAUGUCUAAUAAGAUUGUGAUUCAAUUGUUUAUGCUGUUUAAUAAUUGCUAUAAAAAUAUAGAGGAUAAAAUGAAUAAAUAAUGAAAAUUUAAUGUGAUAAUCAAAUUUUAUUAAGUCAAUAUAGCAGCUUAUAAUAGCAAAAAAGUCUAAUUGAAUUCAAGUCAGAAGAAUUUAGAAAUCAAAUUAAAUCCAAAUUAAAAACUUAUAAAAACUUAUUUGAUGAAAAUGUUUAACUUAAAAACCAAUUAAAAGAGGAACUUUAAAAAAUAGUUGAUCUUAAUAUUUAAAUUCGAGAAUUAAAAGGAGAUCAAUAAGAAAAACAACAAAUAGAUUCAGAAAUUCAACACUUAAAAUAAUAAAUAGAUAAAGUAGCAAUGAAUGUUGAUCAAAAAUCAUAUGAUUAUGCAAUAUUAACUGAAGAAAUAAACUUAAUUCAAUUUAAUGUAUGA